AAAUUUCCCUUCGUGAAUUUUGGUUACAACAUUUUUUCAUUUCCAACUAUUGCGAGAUAUUUGGCGCUAAUAUUUGAGAAUAUUUUAGCGUUCCAAAUCCCUGUCGUCGUUGUCGUACGCUUGUGUCUGUGAGCAACUGUGGAAUACUAUGGCGCGCCGGCUUGAAUGCGCGUUCAAACCAACGACUAACAUACCGGUUCAAACCCUUUGUCGAAUCGCUAACUUUGUCUGCUGAAAAGUUGAAUUUAUCAUUGUUUGUUUUGAUCGGCCAUCAGCGCACGAUUUGAGAUAUGCGCAAGCAUUUAUGCGCCAUUGCUGCAAAAUUUGCUAGAUCAAUAAAUCGCGAUUUCAUUCCUGUACAUAGGCUACUUUCUCCAAUAUCAAACGCACAAUACAUCGCUAGAAAAAUGGCCAGCGGUAAUGAUGUGCUCCAAGUUACGGCGUGCAAGGUGCAGGACAUGAAAAAUGGAGAAAUGCGAGAGAUAGAGUUUGAUAAUCUAGGAAAAGUGCUGUUGAUAAAAGACAGCGAUAAAUUUUCCGCCGUAAGUCACAAAUGCACUCACUAUGGCGCACCUCUCAUUAAAGGAGUGCUGUCAAAAGGACGAGUACGAUGCCCGUGGCAUGGCGCGUGUUUCAAUACGAAAACUGGUGAUAUAGAGGAUUUCCCAGGUUUGGAUAGUUUGCAAAGCUUCGAUGUUUUUGUACAAGGAAAUGAUGUGAUAGUUAAAGCUCAGAAGUGCGCUUUGUCCUCUCCCAAAAGGCAAAAGCAUAUGAUAGGACGUCAAGACGACGAAGGUCAUGGAGUUGUUAUAGUAGGUGGUGGUGCAGCAGCUCAAACAUGUGCAGAAUCAUUACGUCAGCAAUCUUUCGGUGGAAAAAUCACUAUUUUAACCAGGGAAUCACAUCCUCCUUAUGACAGACCGAAGUUGAGCAAAUCUUUAGAUGUCAAAGCUGAUUCAAUUUACCUGAGAGACAAAGGAUUUUAUGAGAAAUAUGGAAUUGAAAUUCUAUAUGAACAUGAAGUUACCAAUGUUGAUUCAUCAUCUAAAUCUGUUGGACUUUCUAAUGGAAAAUCUGUGGUUUAUGAUCAACUCCUGUUGGCUUCAGGGGCAAAUCCAAGAACUCUGCCGAUACCUGGGUGGGAGCUGGGAAAUGUACACAUCUUAAGAACACCAGAUGAUGCCAAUACAAUUUUUAACAAGGCUAACAACAAAAAUGUUGUCUUAAUAGGAGCUUCAUUUAUUGGAAUGGAAGUAGCCUCGUCUCUUGUUGGAAAUGCUGCUUCAGUGACAGUGUGUGAAUUCUUUGAAGCCCCUUUCCAGACUGCUCUGGGCAUAAAAGUUGGGAAAGUAAUGCAAUCACUUCACGAAGAACGAGGUAUCAAGUUCUUCAUGAAUGCUUCUGUCACUGAACUACGUGGAGAAGGCGGAGUAGUCAAACAAGCUGUACUAAAAGAUGGGACUGUUAUCGAUGCUGAUAUUGUUAUUGCUGGUGUUGGCGUUGUUCCAUCGACAACUUACUUAAAAGGUUCUGGAAUCAAAACAGACAAUCGAGGAUUUGUUCCUGUUGAUAAAUACUUGCAAACUAAUAUUCCUAAUAUCUAUGCUGCAGGGGAUAUAACAGUCUUUCCCCUGAAAAUGCUCAACUGGCAGCCUGCUAACGUUCAGCACUGGCAGAUGGCACAUCACCAUGGUAAUGUUGUUGGUAAAAAUAUGGUUGUUGAAAGGUCUACAGAAGUUAAUUCUGUUCCAUUUUUCUGGUCAGCCCUUGCUCCAGGAAAGAACAUCAGAUAUACAGGAUAUGGUAUGGGAUAUGAUGACAUAGUAAUUAAAGGGAGUAUGGAAGACAGAAAAUUUUGUGCUUACUACUGCAAAGGUGAUGAAGUUGUAGCGCUUGCAACUUUCAUGAGUGACCCCAAGGCUUCGCAAACUGCUGAGGAUUGGUACAAUGGAAUCAGAAUCAAAAAGUCUGAUAUUAUUUGAAAUUUACUAAUUGUGUAAUUGGAAGCAAUUGGAGCUGAAUAAUAACAACAAGAUGGCAAAUAUAUUUUGGGUUAUGAGGAAGAUCAAAAUUUUAAUUUCAAUGCAGUAAUUCUACCACCAAUUAUAUUAUUUUUAUUCAUUAUUGCAAUAAUUCCGAAUAUAAAAUAUGUCUGUGUACCUUGUUAAAGAAAGGGCUAAAUCAAGUCGGUGUGAAUUAUCUUAUUUAUUUCACCACAAUCAAUCAAUUUUUUAUUUGUCAUCACAGUAAGCUUUUUUGGUCUGCUCGCAAUGUGGUCGUCCGUCGCAAUGUGGCAAAUAACGCACUGUCCAGUCUUGGUGGCGGGGAAAGUUUUCCUACAGCUUGUCAUGUGUUUUCUCAUUUCUAUUUUACUGAAUGUUGUUUAAUUUAGUCUGAAA